AAAAACAAGAAAAAGAACAAGAAAAAAAAAUCGUCGCACGGCCAAAGAGAAAGGGAAAGAGGAAAGGGCGAGGGGGCUGCAUUUCCUUAACCCGGGGACUUGUGUUGGCGGUCAUUUUUCUCCGCCGGCACGCACAACAAAUUAGAGUAGCAUAUGCUACGGAGCCAGCCAAUAUCCUGGGAUAGCAAAAUGGGAGAUGGCAACUCCGGGAGCAACAGAACCCUUUCAGGCAACAACAACAACUCGAGCAACAAGCCGGAGUGGCUGCAGCAGUACGAUCUGAUUGGGAAGAUCGGGGAGGGCACCUACGGGCUGGUGUUCUUGGCCAGGAUCAAGUCCCCCACCACAAAUCGCGGUAAGUCCAUCGCCAUCAAGAAAUUCAAGCAGUCCAAGGACGGCGACGGCGUCUCACCCACCGCCAUCCGGGAAAUCAUGUUACUACGGGAGAUUUCACAUGAAAACGUUGUCAAGCUUGUGAAUGUUCACAUCAAUCACGCCGACAUGUCCCUAUAUCUGGCUUUCGAUUACGCCGAGCAUGACCUUUAUGAAAUUAUUAGACAUCAUAGGGACAAGGUUAACCAUUCCAUCAGUCAGUACACAGUUAAAUCAUUGCUCUGGCAACUGCUCAAUGGGCUCAACUAUCUCCACAGUAAUUGGAUCAUACAUCGAGAUCUAAAGCCAUCAAAUAUCUUGGUUAUGGGUGAGGGAGAGGAGCAAGGAGUCGUAAAAAUUGCUGAUUUUGGACUUGCAAGAAUAUAUCAAGCUCCCUUGAAGCCCUUAUCUGACAAUGGGGUCGUCGUAACUAUUUGGUAUCGCGCACCUGAGUUGCUACUUGGGGCAAAGCACUACACAAGUGCCGUUGAUAUGUGGGCUGUUGGAUGCAUUUUUGCUGAGCUUUUGACUUUGAAGCCACUUUUUCAAGGUGCAGAAGUCAAGGCCCCACCAAAUCCUUUCCAGCUUGAUCAACUUGACAAAAUAUUCAAGGUCUUAGGCCAUCCCACACCUGAAAAGUGGCCAACACUGCCAAAUCUUCCACAUUGGCAACAAGAUUUGCAGCAUAUACAAGGGCACAAGUAUGACAAUACUGGCCUUAAUAGUGUCGUUCAUCUCUCGACAAAAAGUCCUCCAUAUGACCUCCUAUCUAAGAUGCUUGAAUAUGAUCCUCGGAAGCGUAUAACUGCUCAACAAGCCCUAGAGCAUGAGUAUUUUCGUAUUGAACCUCUCCCAGGGCGGAAUGCACUGGUAGGCCCAUCUGUGGAGAAAGUUGUGAACUAUCCUACUCGUCCAGUGGACACAACUACAGAUUUUGAAGGGACAACUAGUCUUCAACCUUCACAACCGGUAUCAUCUGGAAAUGCAGUUUCUGGGAGUAUGCCUGGUACUCAUGGAGGGACAAUGAGAUCUGUCCCUCGGCAGAUGGCAGUAGGUGGCAUGCAAAGGAUGCAACCUCAGGGCAUGCCAGCUUAUAACCUAACAUCUCAGGCAGGGAUGGGCGUUGGAAUGAAUCCCAGUGGCAUUCCGAUGCAGCGGGGUGUUUCUGCCCAGACUCAUCAGCAGCAGCAGCAGCAGUUGAGAAGGAAAGAUCCGGCAAUGGGGAUGGCUGGAUACCCUCCACAGCAGAAAUCAAGGCGCAUGUGACAUAGUGUGUACGAGGAAGUGAAGAUUCAUUUCUUUUCGGGAUGCAAAUGGCACAAACUACUCCGCCCUAGCUGGAGCGCAUGGACGUGUUGCCAUGUAACCAAGACAGCGGCAGCACUAUACUAUCAUUACUCUACUGUACAUUUUGCUGUACCUGUAUGUGCUCUUCUUUUAGAAAAACAAGAAAAAAGUAAAAAGCAAAUGUCAAAUUUCCAUUAAUUCAAAGAGGAAUGGGUUACAAUC